AAAAACGCACAGCCCAUUUCCACUCCAACGCGAUCUACCGCGCAAUCAGCUUGCUCAAUCUCAAACAGUCACAAGAAAAGAAAAAAAAGGCUGCAUGUUCAUGCAUUUUCUCAUCUUGUUUCAACCAACACAAGCUCACUCUACCAUUACUUCAUCUGUAUUAUCGUGUCUAAAAAAUAGAAAGAGAAAAAAAUACCAACCUUAAUCGCUCUAUUCCCCUUCAUUUUCAAAAAAAAAAAUGUCUACACGAGAUUUUUCCAUUAAAACUGGUGUCUUAAAGAGAGUUGCCAAGGAGCAAGUCUACUACCACGCAGAAAGAGACAAGCAACAAAAACGUAUUAAUGAUAUGAUAGCCAAGGACCCUAAUGACUAUGAAAUCAAGAAGCAGCGUGAAGUUCUUGAAGAGACAUUGGAUAUGUUGCCUGAUGUUGAGAGGAGAAAAAAGGCAGCCCAUCAGGACCUUGCUAAUCUUGUUGCAAACGCGAAUCCUGAUAUCAAAUCAUCAAAAGAAUAUCAAGAGGCUGUCGAAACUCUCGAGCAGUACGAAUAAAAAAAAAGUGAGUCUGUUCAAGACGAUAUCUGUCAGUGUUAACCUUCCAUAUACUCAUAUAUCUGAUUCUGGAGAGGAAUUUUUGCCAUAAAAUGGUUUAAGAAAUAAUAAAAAACGACAAUUAAAAGAAGUUAUAUCUAAACGACAAAACCAAAAAAAUUAUUACUUCUCUGCUAAAAUCUCGUCAAUAGACAAGAACAAAAAUAAAAA